CGGCCGCGCCAGACAAAGUGGCGAGCUGCGACGUGACUAACCUCUAGCGUGGGUGCUCGCGCGAGCGGACUAGGCGGCAGGAGAAGGACACGAGCCGGGCCUUGGGGCCGGAGGAACCCCUUGCUUGCUCGCCGCGUGCGUCACUCACACGCCCGGCUCGUCGAGCCGCGUGCUUAACGAUAUUUGAAUUUGAGCUGCAUUUUGGAAUUCAUCUGUACCUAAAAUGCCAGUGGCCGUUGGAGGACCAGUUGGAUAUACCCCCCCAGAUGGUGGCUGGGGGUGGGCAGUGGUAAUUGGAGCUUUCAUUUCUAUUGGCUUCUCUUACGCAUUUCCCAAAUCCAUUACUGUCUUCUUUAAAGAAAUUGAAGAUAUAUUCAGUGCUACCACCAGUGAAGUGUCAUGGAUAUCCUCCAUCAUGUUGGCUGUCAUGUAUGGUGGUGGUCCUAUCAGCAGUAUUCUGGUGAAUAAAUACGGCAGUCGCCCAGUCAUGAUUGUAGGUGGCUGCUUAUCAGGCUGUGGCUUGAUUGCAGCUUCUUUCUGUAAGACUGUACAGGAACUUUACUUUUGUAUUGGAGUCAUCGGAGGUCUUGGACUCGCCUUUAACUUGAAUCCAGCUCUGACCAUGAUUGGCAAGUAUUUCUACAAGAAGCGACCACUGGCCAAUGGGCUGGCCAUGGCAGGCAGCCCUGUGUUCCUCUCUACCCUGGCCCCCAUCAAUCAGGCUUUCUUCGGGAUCUUCGGCUGGAGAGGAAGCUUCCUCAUUCUCGGGGGCCUCCUCCUAAACUGCUGUGUAGCAGGAGCCCUGAUGCGGCCAAUAGGUCCCAAGUCAACCCCGACAGGAAAAGUUCAUGCUAAAGAAGCUGGAAAAUCUGAUGCCAAAAAAGAUGUAGGUGAAGCAAGUACAGAUCUCAUUGGAGGAAACCCCAAAGAGGAGAAACUGUCGUUCUUCCAAAAAAUUAAUAAAUUCCUGGACUUGUCCCUGUUUACGCACAGAGGCUUUUUGUUAUACCUCUCUGGAAACGUUGUCAUGUUUUUUGGACUCUUCACACCUUUGGUCUUUCUUAGUAAUUAUGGCAAGAGCCAUAAAAAUUCUAGUGAGAAAUCUGCCUUUCUCCUAUCCAUUCUAGCUUUUGUUGACAUGAUAGCUAGACCUUCUAUGGGACUUGUGGCCAACACAAAGUGGAUACGACCUCGAGUUCAGUAUUUCUUUGCUGCUUCUGUUAUUGCAAAUGGGGUGUGUCAUAUGCUGGCACCUUUAUCCACCAGCACUUAUGUUGGGUUUUGUGUCUAUGCUGGAUUCUUCGGAUUUGCCUUUGGGUGGCUCAGCUCUGUAUUAUUCGAAACCCUAAUGGAUCUUGUUGGACCCCAGAGAUUCUCCAGUGCUGUGGGAUUGGUGACCAUUGUGGAAUGCUGUCCUGUCCUCCUGGGACCACCAAUGUUAGGUCGUCUCAAUGAUAUAUAUGGAGACUACAAAUACACAUACUGGGCAUGUGGUGUAAUCCUAAUUAUCGCCGGUAUUUAUCUCUUCAUCGGUAUGGGCAUCAAUUACCGACUUCUGGCAAAAGAAGAAAAAGCAGAGGAGAAGCAGAGAAACAAAGGUAAAGAGGAAGAAACCAGUAUAGAUAUUGAUGAGAAGACAAAUGAAAUAAUUAAAGCAGCAACAUCUUCAGAGCAGAAAGGCCCAGGAGAACCCAAAGAAGAAGAGAGUCCAUUUUGAAUCUGUGCGGUUGAAGGGUGAAUGGAACAGGUCAUGGCCUAAGUCGUUGAAAACAUCUGACCCUCCUACAGUCUCCCGUGGUGCUCAAUGCAGACAGUGGACAUUUAUGUGAAAAACAUACCAGAUGUUCAUGGAUGGAAUUUUUGUUUCACUCCUUACCAAUAGUCUGAAUUUAGAAUACCAUACUUUUUGGGGAGGGAGUGGUCGGCAAAGGAUGUGGGGAAAAAGUAGGGUUGUUUUGUUUUAUUUGAAUCAUAGCUUUUAACAGUGUCAUAAAAAUUAUGUGCCUUAAGUUUUAGUCUUUAGAACUCUCUAGAGAGCCUUAACUUUUUAAACCCAUUCUGCUGUAUUCUCUAUUUUAAGUAGCAGCUUAAAAGAAAAAUAACUUAUUUGAGGCAACUGUAAAAUUUAAUCUUGCUUCAUUGUUAUUUGUAAUGUGCUGUCAGACAUUGUUACUGAAACAUUUAUGAGCAGAAAUGUUGGUUAUAUUGGUUGAAGGUUUUCUUGUCUUCAGUACUGGGGAUUGAACCCAUGGCCUUUGCACUGAGCUAUGUCCCUACCCCUUGUAAAUUUUGUUUUGUUUUGUCUUCAGACAGGAUCAUGGUAAGUCACUAAGUAGCUCUGGCUGGGUUUGAACUUGUGGGAGAUUUUAUAAUAAAAUGCUAAAAUAUUUUUCUAGUAUCCGUAGUUGCCUGGCGUAUAUGCCUGAUAGCUAAGUAUUUAGGAAAUUUAAAGCAUAAAACUUGGAAAAUGUCUUGGUUAGUCCCGCCACAUAGUAUUUGUUAAUUAAUACUUCUUGGGUACCUUUUCUGUAAUACUUACUGGAAGCCAAGUAUUUGAGUAUUGUUUUCAAUGAUUUACUACUUUUUCUUCCCUGUUCAGUGAUAUUUUGACUGAAUAUAGAUCAUUGCCCAUUUUGAAUUAUUUCUCUCACCAUAGAAGUAUUAAAAUCUAAAACAUUA